UUAUAAAUUAUCCUGCAUUUAUAUAUUUAUAUCAUGUAUUUUCUGUUUGCGAAACGCAUGUUUUCCUAUUUGUAUACUGAGAAUCCUUGGUGUACUCUAAAGCUGUGGACCUCUCUUAUGUAUGUACCUGAUUUCAGAGGUCAGGAUGUCAAGCACUCCCGUGUUUAAGCAGGACCUCCCACCACAGGGAGGAUAUGCUCCCAUUAACUUUAAGAGAAUACCUGCGAAGACGGUUUUAAAUGCACCGAUGAUCUACGGUGGAUUUUUUAUCUCUCUUGGUAUUGGUUACUGGACCUACAAGAGAGGGAUGAAACAACUUGUUGCCGAGAAAAUUGAAAUGAAGAGUGCAGAUCUUGCGCUUACACCUCUUAUGCUUGCUGAGAGAGAUAGAGAGUUUCUUAAGCAAUGCAGAAAAAACCGUGAUGCCGAGGCUAAGUUAAUGAAGGAUGUAGAAGGUUGGGAGGUUGGAACCUGGUAUGGACACCCCAUUUACAAGACUACCGGAGAUAAAUGGUUUGAUCCCGAGGUUAACGAAUUCUACGCACACACUUCAAACCCUGAAAAGAGAAAGUUCGGAAAUCAUGUUAAUUGGCUCAAGAUGGACUAAAAUAUAUUUAUAUCUCCUAGGUUAGUUUAGUCGUGUAUACUGUUUCAGA